UUUUUGUCCUCUAUAUUGACCAUUUUCUCCACCACUUCUCAACCAAAUAUGUCUUCUUCUCUCUUUGCAAACUCUGCAUUUUCGCAUAGCACUACUAACAAUGUCUCCUUACAAUCCAAAACUGAUUUUAGAAACUUCCUUACUCUUUCAAUCAAAAAACACUACUACUCUUAUGCAAACACAUUAUGUAUCCGAUGCUCCAUUAACCAUAUUCAACGACCUGAAUACAUACCAAGCAAAAUCUCCGACCCAAAAUACGUACGCAUAUUCGAUACAACUCUCCGUGAUGGUGAACAAUCACCAGGCGCGACAAUGUCAACAAAGCAAAAGCUCGAGGUGGCACGUCAACUCGCGAAACUCGGAGUUGACAUAAUUGAAGCUGGUUUUCCAGCUUCAUCUGAUGCUGACUUCGAAGCAGUGAAAUUAAUAGCAGAAGAAAUAGGCAAUGAUGAACAAGGGUAUUUUGGACAUGUUCCAGUUAUUUGUGGAUUAUCGAGAUGUAAUAAGAGGGAUAUUGAUAAAGCAUGGGGUGCUGUAAAGUAUGCAAAGAAACCUAGGAUACAUACGUUUAUUGCAACAAGUGAGAUACAUAUGAAGUAUAAAUUGAAAAUGAGUAAAGAUGAAGUGGUGGAAAAAGCUACCAGUAUGGUAGCUUAUGCUAGGAGUCUUGGAUGUGAUGAUGUUGAAUUUAGCCCUGAAGAUGCUGGAAGGUCUGAUAGAGAGUUCCUUUAUCAUAUCCUUGGAGAAGCUAUCAAAGCUGGUGCAACAACUCUUAACAUACCUGAUACUGUUGGAUACACAGUCCCUAGUGAAUUUGGACAAUUAAUUGCUGACAUAAAAGCCAAUACACCAGGAAUCGAAAAUGUGAUCAUUUCAACACAUUGCCAGAAUGAUCUUGGACUUUCUACUGCCAACACUUUAGCUGGAGCUUGUGCAGGUGCAAGACAACUAGAAGUGACCAUCAAUGGCAUUGGUGAAAGAGCUGGAAAUGCUUCUUUUGAGGAGGUUGUAAUGGCCUUAAAAUGUCGCGGAGAGCAAGUAUUAGGUGGUCUAUACACAGGGAUUAAUACUCAACAUAUCAUUCCAUCGAGCAAAAUGGUGGAGGAGUAUACAGGGCUCCAGGUGCAGCCACAUAAGGCCAUUGUUGGAGCUAAUGCAUUUGCUCAUGAAAGUGGCAUCCAUCAGGAUGGAAUGUUAAAACACAAGGAUACAUAUGAGAUUGUAUCUCCUGAAGAUAUUGGGCUUCGUCGUUCUAAUGAAGCUGGUAUUGUACUUGGAAAACUAAGUGGUCGCCAUGCAUUGAAAUCCAAAAUGCUUGAGCUUGGAUAUGACAUUGAUGGAAAAGAACUAGAGGACUUCUUUUGGCGAUUUAAGUCAGUAGCUGAGAAGAAAAAGAAAGUUACAGAUGAUGACUUAAUAGCACUGAUGUCAGAUGAAGUUCUCCAGCCUCAAGUUGUUUGGUGGCUUGGAGAUGUACAGAUUACAUGUGGUAGUCUUGGCCUCUCUACAGCAACUGUUAAGCUUAUAAACACCGAUGGUCAAGAGCAUAUUGCUUGUUCUGUGGGAACAGGACCUGUUGAUGCAGCUUAUAAGGCAGUGGACCUCAUUGUAAAGGUACCUAUAACGCUCCUCGAAUAUUCCAUGAAUGCAGUCACAGAAGGUAUAGAUGCCAUAGCUUCAACCAGAGUGUCAAUUCGCGGUGAGGAUGAGCAUACUGUAAUGAAUGGUUCAACUGGCCAGACUCUUCACCGUACAUUUAGUGGAACUGGAGCGGAUAUGGAUGUUGUUAUGUCUAGUGUCCGAGCCUAUAUUGGUGCAUUGAACAAAAUGCUAAGUUUCGAAAAGCUGGUCUCAAGAUAUGACAAACCCGAAGAUAGCGUGGUGGUAUAAAUGGUGGUGUGUGAUCAAGGAAUAAACUCCUGCAUCCAUUAUCCCUUGCAAAUUUAUUUUCCGGUAUCUCGGCAUUUCUCUUGUCAAUUGUACAGAAGUAGGGUGCGUUUCCAACAAAUUAUGAUUUUCAUGGAAGAAGUGGCGAUGAUAAAAGGCAAAUUGUGUUGUGUUGCAUUUUCAUUUUCUCGUAUGUAUGUUCUCUCCAUUCUUCUGCAGGUUGAUGUACAGCUUGUAGUUUACUUUGGGACAAAGCUUAAAUGGAUUAAAUGUGUGAAAAUUAUUUAAGCUUUGUGUUUCAAUUAAACACAUGCACUUUAUGUGGUUUAGCUUUAAAA